AUGGGAAGAAAGAGUAACGGUCGCAAAAAAAUUGACAUGGUGAAGAUACAAAACGAGAGAAACUUACAAGUGAGUUUCUCCAAGCGACGAAUUGGCCUCUUCAAGAAGGCUAGUGAACUUUGUACACUAAGUGGUGCUGAAGUUGCCUUAGUGGGUUUUUCCCCCGGAAACAAAGUUUACUCAUUUGGCCACCCUUCUGUGGAUUUGAUCAUGGAUAGGUUCCUCGCAGAGAACCCUCAACCCAAUGCUAAUGUUGGUGAGGUCAAUAUGGAAGAGUUGAUCGACAAAGAGGGGAUAUUGGAAAUGGAGAGAAGCCGCGGAAAAGACUUACAAAGAACCUGGAGGGAGGAGCGUUGGUCGGAAGCUCCAAUUGAAGAGCUAAACUUUUUUCAACUUCAACAAAUGGCAGAGGCAAUGGAAAUGACAAAAGGUGCAUGGUAUUGCAUUUCCAUAUCGUACCCUUGGAAGUGCCUUGGCUCCUUAUGGGGGGGCUAG